AUGUCUAACAUAUCCUUCCAUGGCAGAGCCGACGUCAUCAAGGUUGAACACCCAGUGCGAGGUGACGAUACUCGUGCGUGGGGCCCACCUUAUGCGAAGUAUGAGGAUGAGUCCAGGGAAGGGCCUGGUGAGAGUGCCUAUUAUCUUGCUGUUAACCGCAACAAGAGGUCUCUUGGACUGUCCUUCCAACAUAAGUCCGGCGUCGAGAUUCUUCACAAACUCGCAAAAGAGUGUGAUGUUCUGGUAGAGAACUACCUCCCGGGAGGCCUGGCAAAGUACGGAAUGGACUAUGAAACUCUUCACAAGAUCAAUCCCAAGUUGAUCUAUGCCAGUAUCACAGGCUAUGGUCAAACAGGACCUUAUAGCAACCGCGCCGGGUACGACGUCAUGGUGGAAGCUGAGAUGGGACUCAUGCAUAUUACCGGAUCACGAGAUGGAGCCCCGGUGAAAGUCGGAGUGGCAGUCACCGACUUGACCACCGGCCUGUAUACAUCCAAUGCCAUCAUGGCGGCUUUGCUCGCGCGGGUUCGCACGGGGAGAGGUCAGCAUAUCGAUGCCUGUCUAAGUGACUGCCAAGUCGCUACUUUGUCAAACUUGGCUAGCUCUGCAUUGAUUAGUGGAAAAAAGGAUUCGGGUCGUUGGGGCACAGCGCACCCAUCUAUUGUACCAUACCGGAGUUACAAAACCCUUGAUGGUGAUAUUCUCUUCGGUGGUGGAAACGACAGACUGUUCGGUGUACUCAGUGAUCGACUCGGGUUCCCAGAGUGGAAGACCGAUGCACGCUUCGUGACGAACAGCGAACGUGUCAAGCACCGAGCCGAUAUCGAUGGGUUGAUCGAGACCACAACGCAGCAGAAGACUACAAAGGAAUGGUUGAAUAUCUUCGAGGGUAGUGGAAUGCCUUAUGCUGCUGUCAAUGACAUCCAGGGCACAUUGAACCACGAGCACGUACUGGCACGGAACAUGGUCACCGAGGUUGAACACCCAGCUUGUGGCCCCAUAAAGCUAGUCAAUACUCCUAUCAAGUACUCUGAAGCGAACCCUAGUAUUCGCUCGCCUCCCCCUACGCUCGGCCAACACACCGACGAGAUUCUUGGCAGUAUCCUUGAUUAUGGCGAGGAAGAUAUUGCUCGGCUGAAGGAGCAGGGUGUGGUGUCUUAG